CGUAUUAAAGAAAAAUAAAAAUUCUUGUAUAAUUGGGCCAGGAAGUCGUAAUACAGGAUAGAAAUGUGAAAUUCCUACAAAUUCUUUUCUUAGCAGGACUUGCAUCGACUCCCUAAGCAGAUAUAUAUUGACGUUCAUGGAACAUUAUCACCUACUUCUGUUCCACUCAUUAAUUAAUUCCCUUUUCCUUGAGGAUUACGGAAGUGCUCUGAAUCUAUGGCCGGAGAAGUUCUCUGCUCGGCGGGUAGUGUUGGUGGUGCAUGUCAAUUGCCAACCUGCUUUUGCCAUGACAUGGAUAUGGACGUUGAUGCUCAUGUCUGCACUGAUAAUUCAAGCGACAUGCCAGAUUUAACAUACAAGUACGAAGUCAUCUCAAGAAGGAAGAGGAGCUCAUUAUCUUUUACUGGGUGUCUGGAUUUUCUAAAGCUUAUAUUCUCCAUCAAAUAAGCAGGAUAAAGAAUGGGAAAAAAGAAGAAAGACAUAAUACAUUUGGAGAGAGAAUCUGUAAUUCCCAUCCUUAAGCACAAGCUCAUUGCUGCUUUAUCCGAUCGCAUUGAGAGGAAAUCUGAUCGUGAUGAGUUCUUAAAGCUUUGCCAGAGAGUUGAGUAUACUAUUAGAGCAUGGUACCUUUUGCAGUUUGAGGAUCUCAUGCAAUUAUAUGCCCUCUUUGAGCCUAUUCAUGGCGCCAAGAAAUUGGAGCAGCAGAAUCUAUCCCCUGAAGAUAUUGAUACUUGUGAAUAUCAGUUUUUAACCUGCUUAUUUCAGGUGAUGGAAAAGAGUAAUUUCAAAAUAACAACUGAUGAUGAGAUUAAUAUUGCUCUUUCUGCACAGUAUCGUUUAAAUCUUCCUAUUGUUGUUGAUGAAACCAAGCUUGACAAGAAGCUGUUUACGAAGUACUUCUCCAAGCAUCCUCAUGAUAACCUCCCAUACUUUGCUGAUAAGUUCAUAAUAUUCCGGCGUGGAUUUGGAAUUGAUAAGAUGACUGCUUACUUUAUCAAAUCAAAAAUAAACACAAUCAUUUCACGUUUAUGGAGGUGUUUCUUAACAAUUACUUGUUUAAAAGGACUUUUCUACAGCAAGCCAAGAGAAGAAUAUAAGGAAGAUACAGAUCCUGUUGAAAUCUGCAUAGAAGCAGAGCAGGAUGAUAUUUAUGUUGAGCGAAUCCGUAUCGAGAAGAUGAAACUCAGUCUUUCUAAUCUUUUUGGCAAGGUCACAAUCCAAGAACCUACCUUCCAGAGUAUAAUUGUAGUCUACAGGAGAGCAAGUAAGAAAAAGGAGACAGAAAGAAAUAUAUAUGUGAAGCAUUUUAGGAACAUUCCAAUGGCUGAUAUGGAGAUAGCACUUCCAGAAAAGAAAAAUCCAGGUUUAACUCCAAUGGAUUGGGUUAAAUUCAUUGUUUCUGCAGUAAUUGGACUGGUUACUGUAAUUGGUUCACUCAGCAGUCCUAAAGCUGACAUCCGAGUCAUUUUCGCUAUUCUGACAUCUGUGGUUGGCUAUUGUGUUAAGACAUAUUUCACGUUUCAGAGCAACUUGGUUUCUUAUCAGAGCUUAAUUACACAGUCUGUGUAUGACAAACAACUAGACAGUGGAAGGGGCACUCUUCUUCACUUGUGUGAUGACGUGAUCCAACAAGAAGUAAAAGAGGUGAUUGUUUCAUUUUUUGUACUGAUGGAGCAAGGAAUAGCUAGUAGACAGGAACUUGAUCAGCGGUGUGAGGAUCUUAUUAAACAGGAAUUUGGUGAAAGCUGUAAUUUUGAUGUAGAUGAUGCUGUUCAAAAGUUAGAGAAGUUGGGAAUUGUUGCUAAGGAUACUUCUGGAAGCUAUGCAUGUGUAGAUCUGAGAGAUGCUAAUGACAUAAUUGGCACCACAACCGAGGAGAUUGUCCUCAAGGCUAAACAAGGUGAUAAUGCUUCCAGGUACUGAGAACAGAAGGCCGUAGACAAAAUGCUUCUGAUUUGAAUUAGUCAAAUUUGCCAAUAUAGUAUCGCCUGCAGUAUAAGUGGUUAUUCUGUUAUCCGGGGCGUAUGUAUCGUAUAAUUUCAUUGGUGUGAGCUUAAAUCUUAUCACUGAGAAACAAGAUAGCACUAAAAGAUUUUCAACAGAUAGGGGUGAUAUUAUCAGUAGUCAAAUUUGAUUGCAACUUUAGAUAUGGUCCAUCCUGCUACAUUUUGGCAUAAGCCAAUUGACUUGAUUCCAAAUGCAGAUAGUUUCAAGUUAACAAAACCAUGUGUAC